AUGCCAGCCAAGUACAAGAGCAAAGCACAAUGCCACGAGGCUUGGUUGCUAUCCAAACGAAGAUGUUAUGAAAGGCACAAGCUUGAUGAACGCUCAAAGUCCCGAACUCGUUGGCAUAAACACGUUGGAGCUACAGUAGUCACACAACAACUUUUGCAGCAGCUCGAUAACAUAUGGCUUGACCUAGGUUACUGUCCCAGACCUUCUCAAUACGCUGUGCUCGAGUCAUGCAGUUUCACACUCAUUCAAGAUGCGGACAAUCUGGGCUGGCCGGCUACAAGACCAUCCUGCAAGGGAAUGGUGUCAGGCGCCCAACAACUUCUUUGCAAAGCUCGCGAAGUGCUUUCUCAUAGCUUGAAUACAGAUGGGGCCUGUUCAGACUCUCUUUGCUCAGGCGCUGCAGCUGCCGUGGAUGCGGUUGAGUUGGAUUAUGAUACAUGGGAGGAAGCCUUGUCUUUGAUGGACAAUAGUGUAGAGACUUACUUCGGUCUUCUCAAGUAUAACGGUCUUCAAAACUGCAAGCAAGUCGUGAAAACCGCAGACGCCAUUACACAAAGUGGUGAUGAGCUGGAGACAGGCAAUUCCAGCAACAUUGAGGAGAAUGACCCACUAUCGGAUCUUACAGCAUGCCUGCUCACGCUCAAAGUGAUCAAAGACGAAAUGUUGUCUUUGAUUACUGAACCCUGUGCAUUUGCUGAGGGCGUCUUACUUCAAUUUGUCAACAGCAUCACAUAUACAGAAGACCGGGCCGAUAAUGGUGACAAAACCAUUGUCACCAAUAUGGUAGCCAUGGUCCGAGGCUUACUCAACCGCUCGAUCACUGUUCAAGAUCAAAUCCUUACUUUUUGUGGUGUCUCAGAUGAGUUUUGUGCUGCUGACACGGUCACUCGUUACCUCAGUACCUCCCUUGCAUACUUGGAGGAUUUCGAGUUUUUCUUCGACGUGGAGGGAGUUUCGCAGCUGGAAUGGUUUUACUACUACCUGCGGUUGCUCAUCAUGGUCGGAAAACGGCACCCUCCUGGCCAGAUCGCUACAGAAACAGAAUUUUUCCCCAUGGCUGAAUCCACAAACUCACACCUACACACAUCACUGAGUUUUGAUGUCGCUGCCAAUGACUCCGGUUUCCUUCCACCUCCCUGUGAUGUAGACCAACCAGAAACCGGAAACUUUGAUGCUGUCGAUGCCGCAUAUGAAGCCUACCUGGAAGAUUCCACUCUAGGGGCCAAAAAGUGUCUGCGGCCACUCGGUGAUCACGGAAUGAGUCUAUGGGUGGAGAAACACGAACAAUACCUCCUUGAGUUGAUUAGGCUGGAGGGACGCGGUGACUUUGCGACUAGGGACACGUGCAUGGGACAUCGUGACUGCACUAGUGAACCCAUGUAUCGCUGUGAGGAUUGCCUUGGGACCGAGCUAUACUGUAAAGAAUGCACUGUGCAACGGCACCAUGAAAAUCCAUUGCAUAGGAUCAAGUGCUGGAAUGGCCAUUUCUUUGAGAAUAUCACGCUCAAGAGUCUCGGGCUUCGGGUGCAGCUCGGACAUCCGGUGUCCUGCAUGAUACGGGAAUCAUGCAUGGACAUAACUACUACUAGGAAUAACCCUCAAAAGAUUAUGUCUGUUAGCACAGUCCUCAGACUAGUCACCCCAUACCUUGGUAUCAAACCUCGGUCCUAUAUUUCAAGUUUUAUAUGGAAGAAGAAGAAAAAGUCAUAUGUGAAGUAA